AUGGAGCCCCGGGUGGUUGCGGAUGCUGUGGAGACGGGAGAGGAGGAUGUGAUUAUGGAGGCUCUGCGCACGUACAACCGGGAGAACUCCCAGAGUUUCACGUUUGAUGAUGCCCAACAGGAGGACAGGAAGAGACUGGCGGAGCUGCUGGUCGCGGUUCUGGAGCGGGGCUUGCCACCGUCCCGCCGCGUCACCUGGCUGCAGAGCAUCCGCAUCCUGACCAGAGACCGCAGCUGCCUGGAGCCUUUCACCAGCCGCCAGAGCCUGCAGGCACUUGCCUCCUAUGCUGGCAUCGCCUUGGAGGGGUCCGUCCCUGAGCCUCUGGACAUGGACGUUGUACUCGAGUCCCUUAAGUGCCUGUGCAACCUCGUGCUCAGCAGCCCGGUGGCACAGGUGCUGGCCGCAGAAGCCCGCCUAGUGGUGAGGCUCGCAGAGCGUGUGGGGCUGUAUCACAAGAGCAGCUUCCCACACGAAGUCCAGUUUUUUGACUUGCGCCUCCUCUUCCUGCUCACGGCACUUCGCACUGAUGCGCGCCAGCAGCUGUUUCAGGAGUUGCAGGGGGUGCGCCUGCUGACUGCUGCCUUGGAGCUGACACUGGGAAUGACCCCUGAUGGGGGCCCUCCUGAGCUCCUUCCUCCCCAGGAGACUGAGCGGGCCAUGGAGAUCCUCAAAGUGCUCUUCAACAUCACCUUUGACUCCAUUAAGAGGGAAGUGGAUGAGGAAGAUGCUGCCCUUUAUCGGCACCUGGGGACUAUCCUGCGGCACUGUAUGAUGGUCGCUGCUGCUGGAGACCGCACAGAAGAGUUUCACGGCCACACAGUGAAUCUCUUGGGAAAUUUGCCCCUCAAGUGUCUGGACGUCCUUCUUACCCUGGAGCCACACGAAGGUUCCCUGGAGUUCCUGGGAGCAAACAUGGAUGUGAUUCAUGUCCUCCUCAGCUUCCUAGAAAAGCGUCUGCACCAGACGCACAGGCUGAAAGAGAGCGUGGCCCCCGUGCUGAGCGUGCUGACGGAGUGUGCCCGCAUGCACCGCCCUGCAAGGAAGUUCCUGAAGGCCCAGGGAUGGCUGCCUCCCCAGGUGCUGCCCCCACUGCGGGACGUGAGGACGCGGCCCGAGGUCGGGGAGCUGUUGCGGAACAAGCUUGUUCGCCUCAUGACGCACCUGGAUACUGAUGUGAAGAGAGUGGCAGCUGAGUUCCUGUUUGUCCUGUGCUCGGAGAGUGUGCCCCGAUUCAUCAAGUACACGGGCUACGGGAAUGCUGCUGGCCUCCUGGCUGCCAGGGGCCUCAUGGCUGGGGGCCGGCCUGAGGGCCAGUAUUCGGAGGACGAGGACACGGACACAGAGGAGUACAAAGAAGCCAAGGCCAGCAUAAACCCAGUGACCGGGAGGGUGGAGGAAGAACCGCCCAACCCCAUGGAGGGCAUGACAGAGGAGCAGAAGGAACAUGAGGCCAUGAAGCUGGUGAACAUGUUUGACAAGCUCUCCAGGCACAGAGUCAUCCAGCCUAUGGGGAUGAGUCCCCGGGGUCAGCUCACAUCCCUGCAGGAUGCCAUUUGUGAGACCAUGGAAGGGCAGCUCUCCUCGGAACCCGACUCAGACCCCGACUGAGGACACCCACUCUUCUGUUCCCCCUUCAGAACUGGUGCUGCUUCCAGAGAUGGCCUUGGGACUGUGACCCAGGGAAGCCAUGCUUGGAGACCCUUUUCUCUUUACUUCCAAAGUUCUGUUAAUGGUUUGUCUCUGGUCCAAUUUCUUAUCUU